CAAGGUUUAUCGACUAUGAUAGGAAAUGAUAAUGAUCAAAAAAAAUUAUUUAUUUGAUCUGUAACAGAUAGAUUCCGUCAGUUGAAGUGAAAAUGAAGGCACCGUGGAAUUGUAAGAAUUCUCUUUUAUACGCGUCAGUUUUCAUUGUUCAAAUUGGAUCUUUUAUUGACGGAUGUUUUAUGUCAUGGACGUCCCCGAUCAUAGUGAAACUGAACAAGCUGGACGAUAAUCCUCUAGGUAGAUCCUUAACAGAAACGGAAGAAGGAUUCUUGAGCUGCAUAGGAGUUAUAGGAGUCAGCCUGGGAAGCUAUGCAACUGGAUACUUAUCAGCGAAAUACGGCAAGAAAAAGAUUUUGCUCAUCAUGGCAUUCCCAGCUAUCGCAGGAUGUCUCAUACUGACAUGUCCGCAGAAUGUCUGGUGGUUACUCUUCGGUAGAAGUAUUUGGGGAAUAACAAUAGGUGCAAACUUGACAGUUGCCCCGGUGUAUGUUGCUGAGCUCUCUGAUUCUUCCAAUAGAGGGAAACUCUGUAGUCUCAAAGUUCUAUUCAUGAACGUUGGAAUUUUGUUAUCUAUGGGCGCAGGUCCUUUCACUUCUUUCAGAGUAUACCAUUGGAUUCUAACUUCUUCUUUUGUUCUUCAUUUCAUUUUAUUGUUAAUCGUCGUACCGGAAAGUCCUUAUUUCUUAGCAGAUAAACGUUUGGAUGAGGCAGAAAAUGUUUUGAAAAAACUACGCCAUAAAGAUGAUGUCAAGGAAGAACUGAAUGGCAUCCAGCAAUACAUAGAGGAGAAGGUUGAAGGUAGUCUUUCAGAAAUUCUGCGAGACAAAGGGCUCAGGAGAGGAUUAAUUCUAGGAUGCGGGUUGGUUUUCUUUCAACAAUUUGCUGGAGUUAGUAUAAUAAUGAGUUAUGGUCAGAAAAUAUUCGAAGAUGUCAAUGAAUUUUUGCCAAGUGCUUGGAGCGCUCUCAUCAUCGCUGCUAUGGAAGCAAUCUUUGGUUUCGUAGCACCAAUAUUCAUAGAUCGAUCUGGAAGAAAAAUACUCCUGAUAAUUUCAGAUAUCGGAAUCAUCAUUACACUAUCCAUUUUUGGAUUAUAUUUCUUUUUGAAGAAGCACGAACCGUCUCUAGACUAUUUGAACUGGUUACCUCUGACAACUAUGAUAAUCUACAAAUUUAUGUACACCCUAGGGUCAGCAGCUGUGCCCUGGAUUGUGGUUGGAGAAAUAUUCCCUCAGGAAAUGAAAGGUAUCGCUGUUGCCACAGUAACUGCUGUAAGUGCAUGGACCACCUUCGUACUAUGUUUGUCGUACAACUCGGUGAAUCAUAUUAUAGGAGUUUAUGGAAUUUUUUGGAGCUUCUCUGCUAUUGGUGUUUCAGCUUUAUUGUUCGCGAUCUUUUUCCUUUUUGAAACAAAGGGAAAAAGCCUUCAAGAAAUCCAAGAUAUCAUCAAUAGGUAAAGGAUGAGUGAAUUCAUCAACAUUUGAUCUGAUUUUAGUUUCGAGCUGCUCAUAUAUUAUCUUAUGUAGGAAUUAUCAAGAUUUUAUCUCAAUGAGAUAUGUGAUGAGUGUGAUCUUUUGUAUAACUGCCAUGAAUUUAAUAGUAAAUUCAAGAGG